AUGGAUCAAACGUCGGAAAAUAACCACCUUGAACAUAUCAGUACGGCCAUGUACAAGCUGAGAGAUUACGUUUUACAUGUUUUAAGUUUUCUGUUGUACCGCUUUACCCGAUCUCUCAUUGUUACCUUCCAAAAAUUCACAUGGGCAGUGUCAGGUGUCGAAAAAAUUUGCCGCGAUGCCAGACGAGGCCUGCAAUUCCGGCAAAGUGCUCACGUCUUGGAUAUAUUUUGGAAACGGAAGUUCCUGCCACAUACAAUCGCAGAUCCGAAAGAUUUUAUUGCGACCCACAGUUGCUUUAAACAUCCCAAUUAUGUGCUUAAACCAAACGUGUCUCUUUACUGCAUGACUAAAACUGACGCCAUUUUUAUUGAGGUGGCAGAAGGCGCGAAUUUAUACAAACAUCAGCAUAAUAAGUAUCUGUACGAGACCCAGUUCGAACACGCCAAGAAAAUUGUAAUGAUGCCUUUAGCAUCUUUUCAUAAAAUAGCUUCCGAUGUCGGCAAUCCGAAAGUUCCAGUUCUUUGGAUUUCUAGCACAGGACGGUGUGGUUCUACUCUUCUUGGACAGGUCUUUUACAGAAUCCCUGGAAUGCUGCUUCUUUCGGAACCGGACUCCAUCACCAACUUGGGAAACCUGUAUAAGAGUAAGGAACUUCAGAAAGGAGAAUACGAACAAUUACUUGCGAGUGCAGUUCGUCUGCUCUGCAAACCGGAUGACCGUUACAGCAUGAUGUGUAUCAAGGUUCGUCCGAGCAUGACCAGACUGUCUGAAGAGAUCGCUCACAUGUUUCCUCAAAUCCGACAGUUGUUCAUGUAUAGAAACAGUCUGAAGACGGUGCUUUCAUAUUUAACAAUUCUGCAAACCGACCCUGCCUACCAAGCCAUGCGUUUUAUAAUGGACCACAAAGUGUUGUCCACGAUUUUGCCUUUCUUUAGAACUGGUCUUUACAAUUACUAUGCCAAUUUUAAUGCCAAGGAAAUCGAAUCGAUCAAACCGUCCAAUUUAUCAACCGUGGGCAUCUUCACUGCGGCCUGGGCUGCCGGUGUCAGCCGAUGCGUGGAAUACCGAGAAAAGGGAUUGCCCAUUAUUCCAAUUUUAUACGAAGAUUUAAUGAAAAAUCCAAUGCAAAGCUGCUUAGUGCUUUUUACAAAAUUAGACAUUCGUAAAGAAUAUGUGUCGUUAGCUGCCGAAGCUUUCAAAGUGGAUUACCAAAAAUCGUCCGUCCUUGGCCAAGGUCUUCUGCCUCCGGAUUCCAGGCGAGCCAUUCCACCGGAGGGAAGAGUAGAAGCAGAUUCCAUCCUGAAAAAAUAUGGACUACAUAAAUUAGGCGAGCGAUUUGAAAUUCCUGGUCUCAUGAGGUUUGAAUGAACUUAACGAAUUCGUUGAUGUGCUACCGUAAAUGCUUCUUAAAUGAUCUGAUAUUAAUGAUUUAAAGACUUGUACAUGAUAUUGUUACAUUACUCAAUCUAGAUCUGUCAACUUCCUUAAGAAAUGCGAGUUCAACCUGAUGACGAGAAUAAUGGCAUACAUAUUGCUAGCCCAUCAAAAUUUGCUCUCUCUCAUCGAGAGCAUGUGAUUGGAUGAGUUUGUGAACACACCUUAGAUCUAGAAUGACUGAAGGAAUCCAGAGAAAAUAAGCAUAUAUGCUUCGUUAUGUUACGUACACCUGAUGUCACUCGGCAAUUGAGUCUACAUACAUAUCUUUAUUGAUUCAGUGUCCUCAUACAUGCAUUUUGCUUUAUUCGGUUGUUAAUUAGGCUGUAUACUGUAUUAUUAUGAAAAUAUUUUUAUAUCUUU